AUGGCCGGCAACACCCGCAUGAAGGAGCUUGCAGCUGAGGUUAAAUGCCAAGGCGAAGUUCUGGAGAAGAACGAACAGUCAAAAGCAGCCCGCUUUGCGAGAAUGGAGACGAUGCAGUUAUCAUCGAAGUCACGUUUUGCGGAGCUGUCGAAAUUAAUGGAAAUGAUGCUGAAACAGAUGCAAGCUCUCAAUGUUACCCAUGGAAGCAUGAACUUAGCGUCUCAGACAUCAACCAUCUCUCACUCAUCAUCAUCGGGAACUGCUGCUCCACCACCUCUAUUUCAUGUUCGCAACAUCAAGCUGGAAUUUCCAAGGUUUAAUGGUAAGAAUGUACUCGAUUGGAUUUUUAAGGCUGAACAAUUUUUUGGUUAUUAUCAUACUCCAGAUCCAGAGAGAUUGAUUAUCGCUUCUGUUCACCUAGAACAAGAAGUUGUUUCGUGGUUCCAAAUGGUUACGAGAUCUCAACCAUUUCAAUCAUGGCAUGAUUUUACACGAGCUCUUGAACUAGAUUUUGGUCCCUCAAUUUAUGAUUGCAUAAGAGCAUCGCUGUUUAAACUGCAACAAACAAAAUCUGCUAAUGAUUAUUACCUUGAAUUCACUGCUUUGUCCAAUCGUGUUUAUGGAUUAAGUAAUGAUGCAUUAAUUGAUUGUUUUAAAUUUGUAUCUGCUCCACAGAAAUCAGUUUAUACCCAAAAUAGAACUCACUUCAAUCCAACCAGAAAUGACCAAUCACAAACUACCGAAAAAGCAACCAAUCCACCAUUACUUCCCACACCACCUACUAGACCUAUGAGCCAAUUCCAAAAGAACCCUGCAAUCAAAAGAAUUUCUCCAGCAGAAAUGCAAUUGAGAAGGGAGAAAGGAUUGUGCUACUUUUGCGAUGACAAAUUCUUUUUUUCACAUAAGUGCCCAAACAAGCAAUUGAUGUUAUUCGAGUUGCAUGAUGAUACUGAAUAUCUCAAUUCAUCUUCCUCAGAAGAUAUAACUAAUACAACCGAGUCGGAAGAGGUGACAGAGCAUCACUUAUCUUUUAAUGCUUUCCAUGGAGCUACAGGAAUGGGUGUUAUCCGAUUUAAGGGCUAUAUUGGUCCUAUCUGUGUCUCGAUUCUGCUUGAUGGAGGAAGUUCAGACAACUUUAUUCAACCACGUAUUGUUAAGUUCUUAAAUUUAGACGUGGAACCAACUAAAGGGUGCAAGGUUCUGGUUGGAAAUGGACAGAACAUGCAGACUGAAGGUGUGGUCAAGAAAUUGCCUCUGAAGAUACAGGGCAUUGAGGUUACUAUUCUUGCUUAUCUCUUGCCUGUAGCUGGGGCGGAUGUCCUCUUAGGUGCCCCAUGGUUAGCUUCAUUGGGACCUCAUGUAUCUGACUAUGCUACAUCUAUGUUAAAAUUUUACCUUGACGGAAAGUUUGUCACAUUGCAAGGUGAAAUUGGGAACAAACCGGUCAUGGCACAACUGCAUAUUUUCAAGAGACUAAACCAGAUGAAUGCAAUUAGUGAGUUAUUUACUAUACAAAAGAUUGAUCCUGUUGUUAUAGAGGAUAAUUGGGAUGGCAUAACCGUUGAUCUGGAUCCUGAAAUGAGUACACUGUUGCAUACAUACCGAGAGAUAUUUCAAAUACCUAAAGGACUACCUCCCACGAGAGGAUUGAGUCAUGAGAUAUUAUUGAAAGGGGGAGCACAACCUGUGAAGGACAGUUUUCCCAUGCCUACUGUGGAUGAAUUACUUGAUGAGUUAUAUGGAGCAAAAUAUUUUUCUAAGCUGGAUCUUCGUUCUGGUUAUCAUCAGAUACUUCUUAAGCAAGAGGACAGACAGAAAACAACUUUUAGAACGCAUCAAGGCCAUUAUGAGUGGUUAGUGAUGUCGUUCGGGCUUACCAACGCCCCAACUACAUUCCAAAGGCUUAUGAAUCAACUUUUCCAACCAUUGUUAAGGAAGUGUGUUCUUGUUUUCUUUGAUGAAAUCCUAAUAUAUAGCCCUUCAUGGCAUGCACAUUUGCAACAUGUAGAAACCGUGUUUCAGAUCUUAAGUCAAAAUGUGUUCUAUGCAAAACUCUCCAAAUGUUCAUUUGGCUUAACUGAAGUAGAGUAUCUUGGUCACAUAGUUUCUGGUACUGGAGUAUCAAUGGAUAGAACAAAGGUCCAAGCGGUGUUAGAUUGGAUGAUACCAACAAAUUUGAAACAACUACGAGGCUUCCUUGGGCUCACCGGAUAUUAUAGACGAUUUAUUAAGUCUUAUGCGACCAUAGUCGGCCCUCUCACUAAUCUUUUGAAGAAGGAUGCUUUUAUGUGGGAUGAAAAUACACAAAAAGCUUUUGAGCAGUUAAAAAGAGCAAUCACUUCAGCUCAUGUAUUAGUGUUACCAGAUUUUUCGCAAGUGUUUAUCCUUGAGACAGAUGCUUCUAAUACAGGAGUGAGAGCAGUCCUAAGUCAAGGAGAACAUCCCAUAGCUUUCUUUUCUAAGAAGAUGAAUCCGCGAAUACAGCUACAAUCGGCGUAUACGCGAGAAUUUUAUGCUAUCACAGCGGCAUUAGCUAAGUUCUGA